UUUAAAUAAUGUAGCGUGCCUUCCUGACUCGUAUGGAAGGCAAUGAGAACAUUCAAGGUGAACGAUUCAUGAUGGGCAGGUUCAGAACAUCUUUCAAAAGCCGAGUGUUUGCCGUGAAACUCCUCGUCUGCAGUCUUCUGAUAUAUAGCGCAUACUUCCUGCUUUUCCUGCUCUUGGAACCAGAUGUUGAAUUUGAGAGUUCUCUGAAACGCAUGCGAAUAAACUCAAUUCUUCGAAAGGUACAUGAAAAGGUUGCUUUUAAGGAAUGUCAUUUGGAAAGGUACAACUCCAGCAUCCCUUUGUCUCCUUAUGGAUGUCAGCGUUUGACGCCUGUGAGCGGAUCCUGUCAGUUGGCUGAUGAACUUUUCUUCUCUUCACCAGUGGAUACGUGCAAGCAUCAACUAAGAAAUAACAUUUGCCAUUUUACAGGAACUGGUGCUAAUGUUGUUGUAAAAUGUUCGGAAAGUAUUUGUGUAGAUAAAAAAGUUUCACUUGGUCAGAUUGACCCUGACACGGGUGAUCUACAAUGGCAGGACUUUCCCUCCACACAACAUCUUGAGAGACACUUGAGGGCGCUGUUUGUCAAAAAGAUGGAUCAUUACGGGUUUUGUUUUAUCAGAUGUGCAAUAGACAUUGAAGAAAUAACAGAUGAAGAAGCAUAUGAAGUCGUCAACAGUUUUAAUGCGAUGGAAGCGUACAUAGAAGUAGAUGAUAUAGCCCAGCAAUUACUUAUUAUUCCUCCAUAUAUUAAUAAAGGAAAACAAUCCCUGACUCACAUAAAUAUCAACAUCCUGUUUAUAGACUCUGUCUCACAUAGUCACUUUCUACGCUCGAUGCCUAAAACUCUGCAAACACUUCGUGGAUUUCGGGAAACAACUGUUUUUAAUUUUGAAUUGUUUCAGUCACUGAAAGGUAGAACGUAUGAGACACUACAGGCGCUAUUUUCUGGGGAGCUGUAUGAUGUUGAAAAACCCUUUGGCACUCAGGACAUGCCCCCGACUCCUGUUAAACUGAAUAGGAUUUUAUCUGGUUUCAAGAAGCAAGGAUACGAAACUAUGUACACCGAAGAUCUUUGCUGGAUGUGGGAAUGGGGACUUGUAAAAAAUUUGCUAGCAUAUAUGCCUGGUUAUGACAUUCUUAAAACGUUUUUCAACUGA